ACCUGAACCGCACUUGAAAGCUACCAAUCAAACCGGUGCAAACAUGUCAGCUGUGUGUUUUCUAUUAUGUUAAAACAAAAGCACAUUGAAAAUGAAGUUUUAAAUAUGAAAGUUAAUGAUUGCUCUGAUGUUUCAAGCCAGCGUGCUAUGAUGAAAAUGCCGUUACCUGCCAAAGCACGGACUCAGCAGGUCUUGCUCGGAUCUGUUGGUGUAUUGUUCGUUGUUGUUUUCAGCUGCGUUUUCUACGCCGCUCACACUCAUCAGCGCAUGCAACAGUUUCAGAACGACCUGACAAACAUAAAGGCUUCCUUUCAAAAAAGAUCUGCAGAUAUGGAGAACAGAUUCAGAAGAAGCGUGUCGCAAAAUAAUUUCGUAAAGAAACAAAUUAAACAUGUUGUGAAAAGAAGCCCCAACGAAAGUUUUUUUUUACAGCAAGGAAUUCAUGCUUCUACCGCUCCCGAGUCAAAUGCUGGAGCGACCUACAUUAGAUGGGGCAGAAGAAACUGUCCAGAGCAAGACGGAACACAUUUGGUUUAUCACGGAUCUGCAGCUGGUGGCCACCACACAAGUACAGGCGGAAGUACGGACAUUAUUUGUCUCGCACGAAAUAUCACUUACACACAAAAUGGAGUACAUGGAGGUUAUAUUGAAGGACACCAAUCUGCUUCAUAUUUAUAUGGACUUGAAUAUCGAGAUUCAUCGUGGAUAAAUGCUCUGUUGGAUUACUCACUAACUGAGAAUAUUGCAGUGCAAUUCCACAGUGUACCAUGCGCUGUAUGUAUGGUGUCUGAGAGAAUUAACCAGCUUAUGAUUCCAGGCAGAAACGAAUGUCCCCGGGGGUGGUUCCUUGAAUACACGGGUUAUAUGAUGUCCUCUGGGAACUCGGACAAGCACGGUAUCCGUCCUUUAUGUGUGGAUGAUACGCCGCAAGUGGUUCCUGGCACACAAGGAAACCAGCAGGGCGCUUCUCUUUUCAUGAUGGAAACAACAUGCACAUCUUUAUUAUGCGAACCUGUAGUGGCAGGGAGGGAAAUAAGAUGUGUCGUGUGCACAAUAUAAGGCUGCUGUUAUACAGUAAUGAAGGUGGGGGAAGAUGGGACACAUUUUUAUUCUAUUUUCUCGUCCCCUUUGGUAGUAAACAAAAAACAUUCAAUUAAAACCGUAUCCUCACGACUCCCAUGGACCGUUGUUACUUGGUUAAAAAUCGCUCAUGAUAUUUAGAUAUUAUGUGCUAACUAUGUCCGUCUCCCCACACCCUUGCUGUAUAAAGUAAUGGCCAGCCUUGCAGAGCAUUACACUAGAGCUGUAUAUUGCAUAACCCAGGUUUUAAGACUUAAACUUAAAAACUAUUCUAACCAUCUGGCAUUAUUAAUCCUUGUAAAUAGCUGGCUGAAUAAACUUGGGGCAACAUCUGC